GUAUGCGCACGCGUUCAAGUCCGCUUCUUGCAGGUUGCUGUUUCUAUGCCAGAGCAAGACUUAUCAAGCGAUUCCCCGUCGACCAAUGCGCAUUCAUUUCCAGUCACUUUGAAGCUAUCUGGUCUACUGGAGCAACUUCGACAUCCGUUGGCUACUGUCCACCAUGUCCAUCAUCAUCCGACUGCAGAACUUGCCCUGGGCAGCAAACUCGCUGGACAUUCGUCGCUACUUCCAGGGCCUGAACAUUCCCGAGGGCGGCGUGCACAUCGUGGGCGGCGAGAAGGGCGACGCCUUCAUCGCCUUCGGCAGCGACGAAGAUGCGCGCCAGGCCAUGGAGCGCGAUGGCGGCAAAAUCAAGGAGGUCCGCAUCAAGCUUCUGCUCAGCUCGCGCGCCGAGAUGCAGCGCAUCACCAACCAGGCGCGCGCUCAGCAUACGGCACCUCCUCCUGUCAAGAAAGAGGAGCGCCGUCGCCCUAGUCCUGACGACCGCUCGCGUAGGUCACCACGGGACCGUUCGCCGAGGCGCCGGUCGUCGCGGCGGGACCGCAGUCGCAGCCGCUCGCCGCCGUACCGCAGGGAGAAGGACCGAUCGCGAUCUUCGCGCUCUGACGAGCGCCGCCGAAGCUUUGACGACGCUGGUCGAGUGCCGGAACCCACAAAUGUGUCCAAUGGCCAGGUGUCCAAGCGCAAGGGUUGUGAUGAAAAGGCGCCUUACACGGAUCCAAGCAAAACGGCGCCGCCAGUCUUCCCCAUCGUUAACCUGAACCAGGCGGCACGGCCUCAAAGUGACGUCAACGCGGCACCUGUGAACAUGGCUUGCCAACCCGCAGCGCUUCCGAACUUGGCGGCUUUCAACCUGCCUCCUGUUGACUUGAUGAGCAAAUUGUCAGGUCUUGCAGCUAACAUGAUGGGCGGCUUGAUGGGCGCUGCUGGCGGCGACAUGAUGGGUGCGAUGGCGGCCAACAUGGGUGAAAGCGUGCCCGCCAACGUGACCAGCCGUCUUCCCAGCAGUCUGGCUGGUCAAAUCAGUGGUGGUAUGUCGGGCAGCAUGGCCGCCAAUAUGGUCGGAGGUAUGCCUGGGAACGUCACUGGCACUUCGCCUGCUGCAAUUCCUGGUGGUUUGGCUGGCAACAUUCCUGGAAGCAUGCCCGGCAACAUGGGUGGCAUGUCGGGCGCUGCUGCUGGCAUGGUCGCCAAUGUGAGCGGCAGAAUGGCUGCUGGGAUGCCUGGCAACAUGGCCUCCAACAUGCCAGGUGCUCUCGGAAUGGGUGACGCGAUGGGUGUGCCAAACAACAUGGGAAACAUGGCUCCUAGCUUUGUCGAUCGACGUUUAGACGGCGGUGGUAAAGUGGACCGAAAGAGCAAUGGUGGGCCCCCUGUUGGAGCACGCGACGUGCCCCGUCACUCGGAGGAGAGUUCCUGCGUCGAACUGCGUGGACUAAACGGGACUCCGACUCCACGAGAUGUGAAGGACCUUUUCCGAGGACUGCGUAUAUUCAGUGGCUGCAUUCGGGUGGCCACUUCAGAAACCGGUAUCAGGAGUGUUGUGGUGCGUUUUGCCAACAAGUUGGAUGCUCGUGAGGCAAUUCAGGGUGACUACAAGAUGCUGUGUGGCGAUCCCGUGCAGGUGGUUCCUUUCCCUGAGGACCUUUUUGAACAAACUGAAUUGCUCGUCUCACCCUCUGCGGUACCACCUAACCAGGGCCGCUCCCGCGAAUCCGACAUGGUCGUCGUAAUGAAGGAUCUUCCUUACAAUACCAGUGAGCAAGACGUCCUGGAGUUUUUCUCGGGGCUCAAUGUUCUGGACAUCUUUGUGGAACAUGAGCGUAGCGGUCGCGCCAUCGGCACGGCCUUUGUGGAAUUUGGUGACAAGAGAGACUUUGAAACUGCCAUGAGUAUGCAGAGACGUAAAAUUGGCCGCCGAUACAUCGAACUCUCUGUGGGCAGUCGAGACGCCAUGUAUGCGGCGAGAAAUGGCGAUAAUAUCCGGCCAGAUGGCAUACCGGUGAGUCGGCGAGAUGAAGAGCCGCCUGUGGCUCAUGGAGUAAGCCCGGACCGCGCUCCUGAAGUAGGUCACGGACCCGGACCAAUGCACGGACCUGGAAUGGGCCCUGCGGUCCCGGCACGCGGGCCUGGCCACCCGCUCGUGCCACCUGCACACACCUGCGUUUCGAUGCUUGGAUUGCCGAACACAGUGACCGACAGGGACAUCGCUGACUUCUUCAGCACUCAGGGUGUCAUACCACGCGCCAUUCAUAUAAUGCUCGGUGCAAAUGGUGUGCCCACUGGACACGCAUUUGCAGAAUUUGCGACUCAUGCCGACUGUGAGAGGGCAUUCCUGCAAGACGGCGCGAAUCUUGGGCCGCACGUAAUAGCGCUCAAGACGAUACCGUACAGUGAAGUAGCGCAAGUGUUGGGAGGCCACCAUCGUCCCGACGGCCGGCCAGACGGUCGCCCUGAUAACUGCUAUGAGAACCGCUUCGAUGGUCGCCUCCGUGACCGCGGCGGUGACGGUCGGCCCGAAGGGCCGGGCAUGCGGCCCGAGGGGGGCUUCGAGCCAGGACCGCCGGGGCCACCUCCGCGUGAGCGCGAUGGUCCGCCUAAGCGGCCCCUGCUCGAGCUCGCCUCGCGGCCGCCCUUGGUCCACGAGGCAGGACCUCAUCGUGGUCCGCUCUUCCCGUAUCGAGGAGGGCCCCUUCCUGACCGAGGAGGGCCCCUUCCUGACCGCGGAGGGCCCAUUCCGGAACGCGGAGGGCCCCUUCCUGACCGCGGAUGGCGCCUUCCUGACCGUGGAUGGACCCUUGCUGACCGCGGAGGGCCCCUACCAGAACGCGGAGGGCCCCUACCGGAAUGCAGAGGGCCCCUUCCUGACCGUGGAUGGCCCCUACCGGAACGCGGAGGGCCCCUACCGGAACGCGGAGGGCCCCUACCGGAACGCCGAGGGCCACUGCUGAGGGCGCCGCGCCAUGAGAAACCGCCGCUGCGUGGUAUGGAUAGCUUCGGUAAGCCCGGAUGCGUCGUCACCGCCACGAACAUUCCGUACCGCGCUGGCAUUGACGAUAUCAUCAACUUUUUUCAGGGCUACGAAUUGACCAAAGAAAAUGUCAUGCGGCACUUCAACGACCGGGGCCAUGUGACGGGUGACGCACGGAUUGCCUUUCCAACACCGCGAGAGGCGCAGGAAGCCCUCUCGAAAUUAAACAACCGACCGAUGCAAGGUCGAGCGAUCUCAUUGGGCAUAUUGUGAACUCUAGUCCCCACCAUCUUCAUUCACUGUGCAGUCUUUUGUUGUGUUUUCAUUUGUAAGUUAAGUUUCUGAGAGUGUUCCUCAGUGGUGAAGUGCACCAUUAUUGUACAGGAAGUAUCAAAGUUGAGCUACCAUUGUUGGCUCUGGUGUAUAGUCAUUCAUUAAAGUAAUUUCGU